AUGGGCCGAGAUUAUGAAUUUGUGGUCACUGCCACAAACAAAUGUGGUGAAAGUAAAAAACAAGAGGAAAAGAUGAAGAGAAUCUCAGUAUUGGGAGGUACUACAAAUCGUAAUUAAAUUUGCAUUCAUUCGUCUUUUUAAGAAGAAAGCUUUGAUUAGAUUUUGUUGGGCUUAUUCCCUAACUAUUGUCAACAAUUCAGCUUUUGAUUUUAGUUUUGGCAUUACUUCCAUUGGAACAAUUGCAAUUGAAUUUGAUUAAUUUGAUUUAAUUUUAAAAUCCAUUUUCACUGUAUACAUUCUGUGAAAACACAGUACAAAGAGAUCAGCAGGAAAGCUGGGAAAUAACUUGCGUGGCAGGCGUUUGAAAGGGAAGGGAAAGGGAAUCCUAGGCGCGAGAGAAACGCAAGGGGCGCGGGAGGAGGGAGGGAAAGAAACGCCUUCCAGCAGACCAUUAUAUUUCUCUUUUUUUUUUUUAACAUCCACCGGGAAAGUGUUAAAAUACUGAUUGGUCAGUCUUCAAAACAUGUCAAUCACAGCCUUAAUACCUUAAUCCGAUUGGUUGAAAUCAACAUCACGCUACUGAGUAACUUAAUCGAUCUUUCAGUAAUCAUAUAAAAAUAUGUUGUUAAUGAAGGCAUCAAUUUCAGCUUGAAAGGAGAAUAGAAGAAGACAGUUAAAAGAACCGUAUGAAGAAAAAGACCCGUCAGCUAGAUGAGGUUUACUGACUGGUUUUGAGAAGUGUCAUCUCUCAACUAAACGGCUUGUUUUGCUCACUAGAAGAAAGAAAGGAAAUAUCCUGCUGCCCGUGGCUUGUUAUCUGCUGUUUGACCUCAAACGCCUACUACGCAGCCGGGUUACGCUUUAUCAACGACCAGAUUGUUGACGAUGAUUUUUGGUUUGAAGACUUCUUCUUGCUGGUUAUAGACGUUAUAAAGCCGCCAGGGACUUACUUUGAUAACUGAUUGUAGCCUUCUUGUAGAUAUUCAAAGUUCAGCUCUUCUUUCCUCCCGCUACUAGCGCUCUGUUGGAUCCAAUUCGAGAGCUAGAAAAGUGUUUUUAAUUUUUCACAGACAAACAUAAAACAUUGCAUGCAAGUUGCGAAGUCCAGCGCGUUUCCUUCAGAAAACGAAGUAACAGAUUUAUGCUGGAUUUUAUAUAACAAACCAUGCGUCGUUCCAACUUUCUUCUUUCAACGGACGACCGCAUUUGAACUUUUUUUAUAUAUAUUAUAGUACGUACCUUCACUUCAUAUUUCUUUUUUUGGGGGAGACAAAAGCUAAAAAUAAGUGCAUAGCGCAAACCAGUUUAGUGGUGUAGAAAAAAAGGACGCGUAUGUAUCUUAAAAUUAUUGAUAUUUGUCUACAUACACUUAUGUUCUCACCGUGAACCAAAUGACCCUUUUGGGAUGAUAAUAACCUAACCCAACUUACCGACACCAUAUCGCCUUUAUGUCGUCUCAAAAUCGAAUUUAGGGCUCUUUACUUCCAAAAGAACCGGAAUACCCCAAAAAGGAUCAUUGUAAGACAAUGUCACGUCUUUAACCUUCUUGUGAGAGAACUAUGACAGAAAGACCAGCAUUGGAUGCGGCGGGGCCCGGGGUGGGACGGUACUUAACUUUUCGCAUCAUUGGCGAAAGACUGCAUUUGUUAAAAUUGUUUGAAGAAGGUAACUUUCUAAGAAAAGUGCUGUUUAUUUCAGGCUUGUUACAUUCAAAUCAGUAAGUAUCCAUUUUUAUGUUAAUAUUUUAAAUAAGAAGUGUUUGUUAACUCCCUAGUGAGCAGUAAAAACCAGUACAGUCCUGGGUACAAAAAAAAAAACCCAUUACUUUGACACGAAUUUCCACUACUUUAAGCUUCGUAAAGUUCUCCUCCGUAGUGUAUUUAUUGGACAUUAUUUUGAUGUAAGGUGUGCAUUUACAUAAAAUUGAGAAAUAUUUGGCAAUAAUAUCAAAUGAUUCGACAUUUCUGUUGGUAAUCCCAUUAUGUUUACAUUUGACCUUUGCGACCUGUUUUUUUUUUGUCUGUCAUUCGUUACCCUGAGUGCGAAGGUGUGUCGGCCUUCGGCCAACACCGAAAAUUCCCACUGCACGCGGGUAGUCUGCAUUCGUAAACAAUAGCUGAAAAGAGCACAAUUACUUCGUCAACUAGUUAGAGCUCCUGACCAGAUUCUAAAUAGAUUUUACGUCAUCAGUGAGGGAUUUCUGUGAGGGAUGGCUGUAUUCGCAGGCUAUAAAGCCAUGCCUAUGAAGCCCGGGGGGGGUACUCCCUAAUAUGGGCUAUAUAGGUAUGUGCGGCCCCAAAGGGUAGGGUUUUUCAGCCGUUUUGGUCAUAAAUUGGGUAUCGAUUUUGGCUAUUUUGCCGCCAUUUUGGUCAUAAAUAGGGUAACGAUUUUUACACUGUAGUCUUGAAUGCACUUUUUUAGAAGAAGCUACUUCCUUAUCAUGUCCCCCUAACCUAAUAAAAGCAAAUAAACAUUGCCUUUAACAUUGGUCUGAACUAGGGAAAUAAUUAUAAGGCAGGUCUGAAACAGGGUAUUGAUUUAAGGGUCAGGUCAUAAAUAGGGUAUCAAAUUUUUGGUUUGGUCAUAAAUAGGGUAGGGAAAAUCGCAGAUUUUGGUCAUAAAUAGGGUAAGGGUUUUGGGAUGCGGGCCGCACACCCCCACCCAAUUUUUCUGCGAGUACCCCCCCCCCCCGGGCUAUGAAGAUGAGCCCAAAUUGCUCUAGGACACUUUUAAUUUCCAAAAUGUGUCUAUGGAUAAGUCAUUCGACUGCUGUGCAAGGCUUGGGGCAAAUUAUAGUGCAUACAAGGCUUAGGAGUUAACUUUUUUUACAUACAGUACGACGUGACGAUUGGCAAUCGGUAUUCUCAAAGAUUCGUACCUGUUGCCUUGACUGGUUAUGACAGACAACAACCAUCAAACACAAAAACAACGGUGCUACAGUUUAUGUUCGAAGCUCCCUGAAGGUGCACUAUCCUUUGUUUUCAGUUGGCAGAUUGCGACUGAAUAAGUUAAUGCAACGUUUUUAUUGGUUAGUAAGAUAAAAAUGAUGGAAUGCUAUUGAACGUUGUGCACCGUCAUGGGUCCAUAAAAACACAUAACAAAGGAGUCUGACGGGUUUCAUAACCAUUCCAAUCUUUUAACUAUGUUAAAACCGCAAAAGUUUUGAAACAAAGUUUGUCAUAGUUCAAUGCAGAAAAUGAAGCCACUUUAAACAAAAGCUAUUAGAAUGAAUAAAUGCAUUUAAUGCUGUUAAAAUACCGCUGACUUUGAAGCUCCUUUUUUUUACUGAGAAAACCAAAUAUCACACAAACUGCGGACUAACUCUCUCUCCCUCUCUCUCUCUCUUUUUUUUUUUGCUAAAUUGCUUCAAAACGAGUCCAAAAGCUAAGUUGCGCCUUUUUCUACCCACAAAAAAACAUGUCUAAAUCAGGAUGUUGCAGGUUGCAAAACGUUUUUGCAAAAAGGAGUCAUAGAACUACUUUCUAAAACCUGUAACAGCGUGACUUGUUUAAGAGCGGUUUGAUUCGUAGUUGAACAGGCGUGCAACAUCGCAUUUUAACUCGUUUUCUACCAAUAAUAUACAACAUCUCGCGCAUUUUCGUUGUUUUACACCAAACGCUCAGUUCAUAAAAGCUCUCUGAAAGACUUUUAUGAAGUGGGAGUUGCUUCCAUCAAGCUUUCUGAAAAGCUUGAUGGAAACAUUCGUACUGGUUUAUCCUAACUCUAACUAUCACACCAGUACAAACAAGAGAACAUUCCAAAAAAAAUGAUUUAACUACCAUAUUCAAACUUUUAUUUUAGAGAACAGGAGGGCGGAGAAACCAUUCCAUUGGUAGGUGAUCAUCGUGUAGGUUAAAAUAAAAAGAUAAUUGACAUCCAUGAAAUUAAAGCUCUUAAGCGUUUAAAAGCGCUAAACUUUAAAGAUUUAAUACUGUUAUUGACUCUCUUGUUUUUUCCUUUUCUCUUCCAGUCUGCUUUCUUAAAACAUUAUACCCUUCUAUAUUUUAAUUAAUGCUAAGUUUAAAUUUGGUCCUUUUUUUGAAACGUUGUGUGCUGUAUUCAAAAUUAAAAGAUCUAAAACACAUUGGAUGCUAGUAGCCGGUUUAAGGCCAUUUCCUCUGAUUUUUUCCGUACCCUCUUAAUUCAAGCUCGAGGCCCCCGUGGGUUUUAAUUUUCGCGCGGCAAUAAAAGAAAAGGUCUCCAAUGUUUCGCCUACUUCCGGGCAGGUAUUAAAUUCGUUAAAGAAAAGCAAAUAAUAUUUCCCUAACAACUGUUGUUAGCAAAAACUCGUACAAGCUGUAGAGCCAACAGAACAACCAUCAAGCGCAGCAGAGCAAGCUGACAAUUUUACUAACGAGAUUCCGGGAGGGGAAGAUUACAUGCCUCUUCGUCUCUCGCGAAGAAGCUGGGAGAUCAGUAGAGAACAUGUGGAGGUUAUUAAAGUAAUCGGCAAAGGCGCCUUCUCUGAAGUUGCAAAGGCGACGUUGCGGAACAUGAAAGACAAUCAGGAAAUUAUCACAGUGGCGGCAAAAAUGCUGAAAGGUGAGGUAGUAGUUUUUGAUCUAAGUUUACACCAUUUGGUAAAUUUAUACCGAAACAAUGGAUUACGAAUACACAACAGUCUCGUUUGUCUCACGUGCAUGCUACAGCAUUUUGAAAAGUUGCAGCAAGUAACUUUUGAGAGCAAGCAAUGAAGGAUAUCGAUAACUAUUUUGAAUUUAUUUUAAUUUCCCAUAUUUUCUGAUAAACAUCGUUCUAUAAUGUGGGCCACGGUAGACAUCAUUUAAUCUAGUUAACUGUGGCGCCUCGUUUUCAACGAACAAUUUCUUUAGUACACAUUAUGGACUAUCUUAGUUUACUUUCUCUGUAUAUAGGGAAUGCACCGGAUUCAGACAGAAAGGAUCUUCUUUCAGAACUUGAGUUGAUGAAAAAACUGAAACCUCAUCCCCACGUGAUCAAGCUUGUGGCGUGCGUGACCGAGAGUGGUAAGAGAAUAAACA